AUGCAAGGCCGCUUAAGGGAUUCCACGUUAAUAAAUUUUGUCGAUGACCUGAACGUGAUGGACUUUCCUCGGAGGUGCACUGUGGAACCAAAACAGCAGGUAGCUAAUGACCCAUCCAGUCCGAACAACCAGAUGCGGCUGAACGACUCGACGUGGAGCCGGGACCUGGAGAACAGCGUGCGCACAGGGCACCUAGUGAUGGACGCGCCAACGUACUACAGUCGAGAGGGGUGUGGGCAUCCCAACAAGCCCAAGCGGAGGAGGAUCAUCACCGUGGUCCAGCGGCAGGCCGCCAACGUGCGGGAAAGGAAGCGGAUGUUCAGCCUGAAUGAGGCGUUUGAUGAACUGAGGAGAAAAGUCCCCACGUUCGCCUACGAGAAGAGACUGUCCCGUAUCGACACACUCCGUCUGGCCAUCGUCUACAUAUCCUUCAUGACGGACCUGCUGGAGCAAAAAGGUCAAAACAGUCCAAUAUGA